GGUCUGAGGUAUUACUUCUAAUCCAAUAAUAAGCACUGGCAAAUGAAGAAAGACAAAAAUGAUUAAAAAUACUGUCAAUAUAGAACGUGAUAUUGAAAUGACCAUGGAAUUGAUGUGUUUUGUGUAAUGGUAUAAGUUAAUCCCUUGAUAUCAGUAAAUAUAUAAUGGUCAACCGUAGAGAUGGAUGAUAAUUAACGAGUGUCUAUCUAUAUCAAGGAUAUCUAAUGUCAUACCGUGAACUCUUAAUAUCAAGGAUAUCUAAGGUGUCACACAGUGUGCAGUUAUACGGCCAGGUUUAGUCAUAAGUGAUUUAAGAUUCCAUUAUAACUGGUACCUUUCUAUAUCAAGGAAAUCUAAGAUGUCAUACUGUGUAUCGUUGUAUGGCCACUUUUAGUCAUAAGUGAUUUAGGAUUUCUGAAAAUUGGUGCGUCCUUAUGUCAAAGAUGUUAGAGAUGUCACCCAGUGCCUAUACAUCUAUGGCCACUUUUAUUCAUAAGUGAUUUUAGAUUCCUGUAGACAUCAUGCCAUGCAAUUGAUAGAACUAUUUUAGGAAUUUAAUGACAAUUUUAUUGUGUUAAAAUGAUUGCUCUGUGUAAUAUUCAGUAGAACAAGAAUAACAUAAAGGAGGAAAAAUAGAUUAAGGUUUUAAAUUGUUUAUGGAAUAACUUGUUGAAACAUGGAAUGUUUAGCGUAUAAUCAACAGAGAUUUGCAUGUGUCAUUCAAAAUAUCAAUAAAGAACUGCACCAUAAAGGUUAUGUAGUGGGAAGUCCUGAAGAUGAAAUUAAGAUUUCAGAGGAUAUGAGUCCUACUACAAAAGUUCAACACCACAACAAACAGAUAUUAACAGAAAUGAGGACACAGAAUUUCGAUGUUAUACGGUUUGCCACUUACAGAACGGCCUGUAAACUCAGAUUUAUACAGAAGAAGACCAGUCUAUCAGUAGUAGAUAUAUGGAACAUUAUAGAAGCUUUCAGAGAGAAUGGACUUAACACUUUAGAACCAGAAUCAGAACUGAAUUCCUCCAGAGUCGAGGCUGUGUUAAACAGUAUAUAUGUCCACCUAAACAAACGAUUGCCGUUAUCACAACAGGUCGACUCUCAUCAAUGUGUACAGAUGUUAUUAAACUGGCUGGUGGGAGCUUUUGACAGUGUUGGAAGAGGAAAGAUAAAAGUGUUCUCUCUGAAGGUUGCCUUAUCUCAUAUGUGUGCUGGAAAAUUGGUGGACAAACUCAGAUAUGUUUUCACACAGAUAUCAGAUUCAAGUGGUUGCCUGAUUCGUAGCCGAUUUAUUGAUUACCUAAAAGAUUUGCUUGCCUUACCCACAGCAGUAUUUGAAGGGCCUUCAUUUGGAUACAACGACACUGCCUGUAGAAGCUGUUUUGACAAUAGAACACAGAUAAACGUAAAUGAUUUUCUCAAUGCAUUAAUGGCUGACCCAGGCCCACAGUGUCUGAUGUGGUUACCAAUUCUAAAUAAAAUGGCUCAUGUUGAAAAUGUCUUUCAUCCUGUACAAUGUGAAGGUUGUCAUAGGGAAUCUUUUAUGGGGUUCAGAUACAAAUGUCAAAGGUGCUAUAAUUAUCAACUAUGUCAAGAUUGUUUCUGGAGAGGUCGAACAUCGGGUAACCAUGGCAAUGAUCAUGAAAUGAAAGAGUAUACUACCUAUAAAUCUCCUGCCAAACAGAUUGGUCAUGCAUUGAAGAAAUCUUUGAAGUGUGUGCCAAAGUCUAAUGCACAUGUUCCACAGUUCCCCAAUACACCAGAGAAGAAAUUAGAUCUGUCAUAUAUUAUACCACCUACACCAGUCCCCGUGAGGAAUGGAUACCAUGAAACAUCCAUCGUUACAAGUCAGUCACCUGAUGUUUUAUCAAUAGACAGUGGCAACAGUCCUCAAAGUCCCAGUAAGCUAACAGAGAGUUUGAAUUCUAUGUGUAUUGAUGAUGAACAUAGACUAAUCGCACGGUAUGCAGCGCGGCUAGCGGCAGAUACAAAAGAUGCUGCAAGAAGUCCAACAGAAAUCAACUUUAGUUUAGAUACCAAUAAGGCACAGAGAGAAUUGAUAAUACAGCUAGAAUCUAAAAAUAGAGAAAUAAUGAGAGAAAUACAACGAUUACGUGCUGAGCAGGAAGCCCACGCUAAGAGUACAGCUGACGCACAGUACAAUCCAACAUUAUUAGCCGAAUUACGUCUUCUAAGGCAGCGAAAAGAUGAAUUGGAAUCCCGUAUGCAGACACUACAGGAAAGUCGCAAAGAAUUGAUGGUCCAAUUAGAGGGCCUAAUGAAACUGCUGAAGACCAAUCCUACCUCUCCACGAUCAACGCUGAAUGGCAGUACACGAUCUCAUGUCAGCCAAUCACAGUCGUUUGCUGGACCAAUCACAAUCAGAUCACAAUCAAUGUCAGAUUGCCCAGGGAACGUUCCAACAUCUCCUGGAAUGGAAUCUUCCACUUUGUCAGGAGUUGGUGGUGAAGUACAGGAAGCCUUCAGUCAGCCGUCGUCUGCUGGUAAUGUCCGUCUACUGAGGAAUGAUCUCCUUUGUGCUGCAGAUUCUGUGACAAGUGCCAUGUCAUCUCUUGUCAAGGAACUUAAUUCUGAACAGAGUUGUAGUGAUGAUGAUGAUGACAAUGGCGAGGCUGAAGCUAAUGUAGAAAUGGCUGAUGCCUAUGUGACGAAGACCCAGGAAGAUAUGGAUAGCUGGCAACAGGAGGUAUUAAAACGUCUUGAUCAGGAACAAGAUUUUAUAGCACAACUGAGAAAACGACGUCAACAUAGUAAUAGCAGCAGUAUUAUUCAAAGUGAUAAUGAAAAUGACAACUCUAUACCAAUGGACAUGACAUCAUCUUACGUUAAGACAGAUGACAGUAGUGUCGUAACAGACAAUGAUAGCUGUACUAAAAGUGAUGGGGAUGAGGAAGAUGAUUCAGAACUCUAUGAUAAUCACCCAAAAGAGCUACCCAAUAGAAUGACAUCAAGUACAUUUUCUACUGAUGAGGAAAGUUUUCUACAAUCAGACGCUGAAUCAUACAUACGAACAGACGAGGAGGACAAUGAUAAUGACUGGGAGGAGUCUAUGAAAAGAUGGGCAAACAGAUGAAACCACAGAUUAUUGUUAAAAUCUUAAAAGUCUGCAUCACACAGUAUGCUGUUAAUGAAAUGGUGUCUUAGUUCUCUACUAGGAUUGAAUAAGAUCUUCACAUAGAGAAAUAUCAUUAUAUGACCUCAAUCAGUCAUUGGAUAGGUUCCACAUACAGAAAAGAUCACCGAUUACUGUUGAUGUAUGGGUGAGGUGGACAACCUGCCCAUGACACUAUAAUAAAGUACCUCGAUAUCUGUGUCAAAUUAUCAUAGCUACUAUCAUAUAGAAUUCUGGUAGAGUCGGUAUGAAAUUUUUAUGUUUUUUUAUGCUAA